GCCCCGCCCCCGCCCGCGUCCCCGCGGCUGACCGACACCAGCCGGGAAAGCAGCUGCUGCCGCCGCCGCCGCCACUUCGCCGGAGCCCGGACGCGAGCGAGAGAGGCAGAGCGGGGCCGCGCGCCGUCGCCAUGGGGAGCCGCGUGUCCCGAGAGGAGUUCGAGUGGGUCUAUACGGACCAGCCGCACACCGACCGGCGCCGGGAGAUCCUGGCAAAGUAUCCAGAGAUAAAAUCCUUGAUGAAACCUGACCGCAACCUGAUCUGGAUUGUAACUCUGAUGGUUUUCAUCCAGCUGGCUUCAUUUUACUUAGUGAGAGACCUGGACUGGAAGUGGGUCAUAUUUUGGUCCUAUGUCUUUGGUAGCUGCCUUAACCACUCACUGACUCUGGGGAUCCAUGAGAUUUCCCACAAUUUCCCCUUCGGCCACCACAAGGCGCUGUGGAACCGCUGGUUUGGAAUAUUUGCUAACCUCCCUUUGGGAGUUCCAUACUCGAUUUCCUUUAAGAGAUACCACAUGGAUCACCACCGAUACCUCGGAGCUGAUGGCAUUGAUGUGGACAUUCCUACCGAUUUUGAGGGCUGGUUCUUCUGCACCACUCUCAGGAAGCUGGUCUGGGUUAUCCUUCAGCCCCUCUUUUAUGCUUUUAGACCCCUACUCAUCAAUCCCAAACCAAUUACUCAUCUGGAAAUCAUCAAUACUGUGACCCAGAUCAUUUUUGAUGUUAUAGUUUACUAUGUUUUUGGAAUUAAAUCUUUAGUUUACAUGUUGGCAGCCUCCCUGCUUGGCCUGGGUUUGCACCCAAUUUCUGGGCAUUUUAUAGCCGAACAUUACAUGUUCUUAAAGGGACACGAAACAUACUCAUAUUAUGGGCCUCUGAAUUUACUGACCUUCAAUGUGGGCUACCAUAAUGAACACCAUGACUUCCCAAACGUUCCUGGGAAAAACCUGCCCCUGGUGAGGAAAAUAGCAGCUGAGUAUUAUGAUAAUCUCCCCCAGUACAACUCGUGGAUCAAAGUACUGUAUGAUUUUGUGAUGGAUGACACAAUAAGCCCCUAUUCACGGAUGAAGAGGCCUCCAAAAGGGAAUGAAGUUCUGGAGUAAAUAUCACAGUCAACUCUUCGUAAUAGCUGAUAAAGUGGAAUUUUUAUCUUGCUAAGCUUAAGAUCAGUGAUGCUCGGAAGCUGCACUGGUAUAAUUUCCCACUAGGAUCCAUGGCAUCCAAGGUUACUCAGCCUUCAGACAGCCCGACUCUCACUUGCUCGCCUGUGCUCAAGCAUUGUAUUACUGUUACUAAGGGUGUCUCCACCUGUCUGUCAAACUGUAAGCAUAUCAUAAAAUGCUUAUUAUGUUAUUUUCUACUAUAAAGUUUUACUUUAUUAAAACACCUAAUAAACUGAACUGUUAGUCACAGUAUAUUAAU